CUAACACAAAAAUAUUUGUCGUUAUUUGAUAAAUAAUUUCCAAAAUUAGGAAACGAAGUGGACAUAUUCCAAAUGGAGUCUUUUUCAAGUACAGAAUUUGUCACCAGCCCUUAUGAUCUUAUGAUGCGGCUCGCAGACGGGACAGUCCACUGGAACACAAAGAGGGAAUUUUGUUCUCAACUGACCCCAAGCUUGGAAUAUAGCCACGACUCUACAUCAGACGGUUGAAGCUUCAGUUGAAAUCAUUUCUUAUUUUUGAAUUAGGCAUGUGGAUUUCCUACUUCCUGACUUCCUCUGAGACUCCUGAAGACUGAAGACCCUGCAGUGACAUGGUCUGAACACACACCCUGCGAUGUGGUCAAGUGUAUGGAUCAGCUAUGACGCGUGACACGCAGACAAGUGCUCUCUACUCUCAAACGACCUCACCACAUUCGUGUGGCUACUAGGAAGCAGUAACGGCCCCUCCCGCGGCGACCCUCCGCUGCCAGUGGCCCAGCGGACGUUUGCCGGAGAGGAGGAGUCGCCGCGACCCGUCUAGACCCAGCAGGACUCCGAGCAGUGCUCCGGCAGGUCCGUGUCCCGCUCCACACGACAGACCUGUGCCAAAGACGCCGUGUGCUCACCGUCCCCACGCUGCUCUGGGACACUUUGAACUGCGGACGGGGGCUGAACAUGCGUCAGUUGUAAGCGCAACGCGCAAAGGACGUUUGAUGGAUUUCUGCGCCGCAGUCGGACAAGUUGCAUCCACAGAAAAGGACUCGACGCCGGAGCAGACGCGCUCUUCUCACCCAAACGCGCCACAUUCCCGAACUGCAGCGCACAGUCCCUAAUGAAAUGGCUGAAUAAAGCAACUGCGCCCUGUGCUGAUGUGUUAAAGAGCCGAACAGUUGCUCGGACAAGUCGCUUGUUUGUUUUCUUCUCUCUCCAGUUGGUUGUGGAGCGAGGUGUGAGUCGUCACCUGUCAGAGGGAACCGAUGAGCUUCCUCAGCGCCCAAAGCCACUAGGGCAGCAUUGAAGCCCCUCGGUCAUCAUACAGAAGUCAGACAUGGAGAACGCCAACAGGUCCCACUACCCCGCGAUCCUCCACGUGGACUUCGGCCCACUUCUUGACUAUAUGGAGGAUAACGAGACCAACUCUACCGGCGGCGAGCGACCCUCCUCGGGCUGCGUGCAGAUCCGCAUCCCCCAGGAGCUCUUCCUGGCGCUGGGGCUCAUCAGCCUGGUGGAGAACAUCCUGGUGAUUCUGGCCAUCAUCAAGAACCGCAACCUGCACUCGCCCAUGUACUACUUCAUCUGCUGCCUGGCCGUGUCCGACAUGCUCGUCAGUGUCAGCAACGUGGUGGAGACCGUGUUCAUGCUUCUCCACGACCAGGGCCUGCUGGACCUGCACCCAGGUAUGCUGCGCCACCUGGACAACGUCAUCGACGUGAUGAUCUGCAGCUCCGUGGUGUCGUCGCUCUCCUUCCUGUGCACCAUCGCCGCGGAUCGCUACAUCACCAUCUUUUACGCGCUGCGCUAUCACAGCAUCAUGACGACGCAGCGCGCCAUCGCCAUCAUCGCGGUGGUGUGGCUGGCCAGCGUCAUCGCCAGCAUCCUCUUCAUCGUGUACCACACCGACAACGCGGUCAUCGUGUGCCUCGUCACCUUCUUCUGCACCACGCUGGUGUUCAACGCCGUGUUGUAUCUGCACAUGUUCCUCCUGGCGCACUUGCAUUCGCGGCGCAUCGUGGCGUUCCAUAAAAACAGGCGACAGACCACGAGCAUGAAGGGGGCCAUUACCCUCACCAUUCUACUGGGGGUCUUCAUUUUAUGCUGGGGCCCUUUCUUCCUCCACCUCAUUCUCAUACUCAUCUGCCCCACCAACCCCUUCUGCAACUGCUUCUUCCGAAACUUUAACCUUUUCCUCAUCCUCAUCAUCUGUAACUCGCUCAUCGACCCGCUGAUCUACGCCUACCGCAGCCAGGAGCUGCGUAAAACCCUGCAGGAGCUGGUCCUGUGUUCUUGGUGCUUCGGUGUGUGACAGUUUGUCCAUUCAGGGAGAAAAAAAGAGCGAAUCGGGCCAGUGUCCCCCGUUUCUUCUUCCUGAAUGAAGACCUCCACAGUAGUAGUAUUGAGGUUGCUUUUAGCAAUGGAAAGAGCUCUAUAGAUGAAAUGUCUUAUUCUGAUUAUGAUCAGAAGCUGAAGUACGCGGUGACCAAACACUAAUUGAAGACGCUCAUGGCGCACAACGCUGAAGACCAAGACUGUACCUCUGUUCAAGACUUUUGCACACGUCACCACCAACAUUUGCAGGUUUAUGUUGCCUGGUGUCGCGUCACACUCCUCCUGGGUCAGCUUCAAGCACUGUGAAACAUCUGAGAGACUCUGAGAAAAGAGUUACAGCUCACUUCUCUGGAUCAGAGUAACUGCUCUGAGUUUUAUUGUAGUUUAUAAAGUCUGACCCUGUGUUCCCCCCUCUGUAAAUGAAAUUGAAUUUUCUAGUAUAUAAAAGCUCUUUUUGUGUUGGUUUAUACCCCUGUCAUAUACUCUUAAAUUAAGCUACUCGUAAUUUACACAAAAAAAAAAUAAAAGUCGAGAAAAGAAAAAAUGCUGAGGAAAUAUUUUAUAGGCCAUGAUAUCUCAGCGCUGCAUUUCUCGUUUCAUUAAAUGACAACUGCCUGUUAGUGUGCUUGUUAUUGUUCUAUUUCCUUUCUUUAACCUGAGCAAAAGUCUUCAUUAUGCCAAAAAGGUGAUACAAUUUCUCACAGAGUUAAAGAUCAAAUAAGCACUGUUUAACAAAACAGGCUUUAACAUGUGUUGAGCUCUAAAGAAAUAACUGAGCUCCAGAGUUUGAUUAUUUUUUCUGUAUGGACCCCUGCAGCCUUUAGUCCUAACCUCCAUUUAAUAUUGUUUUAAGAUAACUGCCAUAUUAGUGUGCGGCAUCAUCCUCUUUACUUGGUGUCGAAUGACGAAUGUGCUAAAUCACAUGGGCGCUUGGUAGUCGGCCUGUGGCCCAGUUCAUAAGAGGGUUUAUGAAAGAAGUUAUAUCAAAGUGAUAUAUUGUGGAAGUUUGUCUGGUUAUUUGAGAUUCCAGACAGUGUGGUUUCUUAAAAGAAGUUGAUUUAGUUAUGUAGAUCAACCAAGUCAGACAUUAGGCCUGAAGGACUGUGGAAGAGUUUUUGUAAAAUACAGAUUCAAAAGCAAAACAAAAAACACAUAGUAAUUUUGUUCGUCUGCACCUGGCUUAGAUCUCCAACAUGGUUCUAGAAAUAGACGCUUGCUAUUUUAUUUUAAUUUCCCCCCCCCACAAUCUUACUUUACGCAUCCUAUAAUGUUUUUAUCGAUCCUAUGGAUUCCUUGUAAAUAGAAUGUUCAGUUUCGCUUCAGAAAAUUUUUAAUGCAGUCAUAAAUCUGCACUUGAGCCAUGAAGUUUAGUUCCCACAAAGUUCUGGGUUUAACCCUCCUAUUAUCCUUAGGGUCAAUUUGACCCCAUUCAAUGUUUAACAUCUCUAAAUGAAUGGUUAGCAAAACAUUUUUUGCUUAAUAUUUAAUGACUUUUCCUAAUUCAUUGGGGGCACCAGGGUAAAAGUAAAACUGACUUAAUAAUUAUAUGUUUUCAAUGUCCUGAACACAUUUUGUAUGUAUCUGUGUUCUUUAGGGUCAAUUUGACACCAUGCUGUUUUAGUUUUAUAAAAUAUAUAAGAAGUAUAAAUUGUUCACUCACAUUUGUUUUGGUUGUUGAGGAUGAUAUUGAUGUCAAAAUAACAUGCAAUUUUUUUACUUCACAUAAAUGAAGGGGAACAGAUACAAAGAUCCCACGACAAGGCUGUCUGCCAACACAAAUAGCUACAAUUUGUAUUUAUGCCAAUGGUUAGAUGAUAGAAACCAUGAUUUGAGAUCCAUGCAUCCAUGGUGUCUGUCUGCAUGCCUGCCUGUCUGUUUUUGGUGUGGAUGUUUUUUUUAAUGAAUUUUACACCAAUGAGACACAUUAAAAAAGUUAUAUAUGUAUGGCCUGUUUCUAAACCAUCAGUAAUGUGAUUUAAAACUUAUUUUGUAGUUUUAAAAUAUUUUCCAUGUCUUCAAGACUUGAUAAGAUCCAAAAUAUAUGGCCACAAAAUUAAAGACCAGUUACCAGUUUGAAUGUUUUGGCUGACUGUUGUAAAAAUAUAGUUUAGUUGUCUGGUAUGUAAAAAUUAUAUCAUUUAAAAUUGAGAAGUACAGAAUUUUACUCACUGGUUUGGUGUGAUCCCUAAAGUAAACUACAUUCAUCAGAUAUUGUAAAUGCAGUGGGAACAACAACAAAAAAGAAAGAAUCUCUCCCACUCUAAAUCGAAAGUGUGUCGUCCAGCUACUGUAUAGAAGGAACGUGUGUUGUCUUUCAAGUUUGUUUGUCUCAAAUAAAGUGGUCAGCACAAGAAAAAG